UCGCGGAACAGCAGACAGUUGGCCCGCAGCCGGCGGAUCGUCACUUCAACUUUUGGGAAGCAACUUUUAGAACAACUGGGGUUGUUGACCGCAGUUUGACGGACUAGCUUCCACCCUAAUAAGCAAAGCGCAGCUCGCGUUAGCUUGGUAGCCAAUAUUAAAACGCCUGCGCUGCGCAGUGUGGUGAGCGUGCGCUGCUCGGAGGAGUGAUCUGGUUUUAGCAGAACAAGUCACACUGUAACGAGGCAGGCGUGUUGAAGAAUAGGUAUGUCAUGGCGUGUGGAGCCACCCUAAAGAGGACCAUGGAUUUCGAUCCUCUGAUGAGCCCGACGUCCCCUAAAAGACGAAGAUGCAUCCCCGUGUCACAGUCGUCCACUCGGAAGUAUCUUAGCAUGGAGCCCUCGCCAUUUGGAGAGUCGUCGUCAAGGCUUAGUGCAGAACAAAUCCUCAACAGCAUCAAGCAGGAGUACAAACGCAUUCAGAAGAGGAAGCAUCUGGAUGCAGGCUACCACCAUUCAGAGUGCUGCUAUUCUCCAGAGUCCCCAUCCCAGUCGUCUACUAUGAAUGUGUCCAGCAUGCCAGGGACAUCUACUGGAGGCGUUUCUCCUACUAGAAAAGAACAGCCAUUAUUCACUCUGAGACAAGUUGGAAUGAUCUGUGAACGCCUGCUGAAAGAAAAGGAAGACACUGUGCGGGAGGAGUAUGAGGAGACCAUGACUUCAAAACUAGCAGAACAAUACGACACCUUUGUGAAGUUCACACAUGAUCAGUUGAUGCGACGAUUCGGGGAGCAACCUGCAAGCUAUGUUUCCUGAGUGUGGCCCAGAAGUCUUUUGCAAGACGUCCUUCUCUUGCUGCAAGCUAUCAUGUGAUAUCAAGAAAGAAGAAAACAAGCUCAUCAUUGUAAGAGAUUCAGUUUAGCUAGUUUAAAUGAAACUUUUCUUACCGUGCCAUAUUUCUGUCUUUGGGCUAAGGUUUAUAUGAAGCUGUUGUCAGUUGUUACCACUCCGUUAGCAACUAGGUGCUUCCUUAUGUAAAUGAAUGGACCCUCUUACCAGUGGCCUAUGUUCCUCCUGCUGUACGUGUAUCUACAGUUCUCACUUUUGUAAUGAUUCCCAGCAUUCCAGGCUUUGUCACUUGUUUUUUUGGUUUGUUACAUGUAAAUAUGAUAAAGCAGUGCAAGAGUUUUACUUACGGUUUGCUGGUCAAUCUGAGAGGAAGGGGAAGAAACAGAACAGAGCGAAUGUCUUUGCAUUUUGUCCUCAGUUCAUUGCUUUUUAAAUUGAGCAUAAAGUGAUUCGAUUCUUAUGGGGAUUCUCCCUACCAGUGUUUUUAUUUAUUUUGACUUGUUUCGCUGGUAUCACUUUGAAACCAAUGUACUUAUUGGGAAAAAAAAUAAAAAUCGUUUUGAUGCAUGUGAUGACA